ACCUAGCAGCCAUAAGGAAGUGUGUAGACACCAAAACUAGUAUCUGUAACUUUACUUGCUUAUAAAUACAAUUACAUUGAGCAAAUGUAAAAAUACUUUUGCAUUAUCAUAAUACAAUUAUAAAAAUCUAUUUGGUUGGAAUAAUCACGCAAGAUGGAUACAUGGAAUUGUGGGAUUGGCAUAUUACUGAUGUCAGUGAUUUCUGCUACUCUUGGAUUGCAAGUUAGUAUUCCACAGCCCACAUAUGAUGUUGCUCGAGGUGACGAAGUGAUCAUAACAUGCAGUUUUCAGCCUAAAAAUCCCGUGAAUCGACUCAUUGUCGUCUCAUGGACUGGAGAACCUGACGGGUCAUUUGAUGACGAAGGGAUUUCUUUUGGGACCUUCUAUUCUGAUGAUAACCAUGUAGAUAUCAAUGCAAUGUACGAAGGCAAAGCCUUUAUUGAAACUGAUGUGAAUAAAAAAGAGUCCAAAUUAAUGCUGAAGCAAGUCACUUUGCGAGAGAGCAGACGGAUCAAAUGUCUUCUUCAGAUUCCUGGUGAUACAGAGGGACAAACAUCAGAUUCAACUUCUCUUGUGGUCCUGGUGGCACCAUCAGAUCCUGUUUGUAAGAUUAAAGGCACUGCAGAGUACGGACAAAACAUCAGCUUGACCUGUGUUUCUGAAGAGGGCUCCCCAGCUCCCACAUAUCAGUGGCAGAGCUAUGAUGUCAAAAACAUCCCAAGACCACUUCCACCCAAAACCACUGAGAAGGAUGGAGUGCUUUCUCUGUUCAAUGUGUCCAGGGACACAUCAGGUUACUUCAUUUGCACAUCAGCAAAUAAGAUUCGCUCUGCAAAGUGCAACCUCACCUUGUCGGUCAUGCCAUCUACAUUGAAAAUUGGAGCUACAGCAGGAAUCAUUGGAGGUUGUGUUGCUGGAGUCGCAGUGCUUGUACUAAUAAUUUACUGCUGCUGUAGAAACAAGAGGCAGGCAGAGGAAUUUGCCAUGGAACCGCCAGUGAUAGAAUACCAUGAUGUUCCAAAGCAAGAGAAGCAAGAAGAUGGUUCUGGAGUUGUAAGGAAGACUAGCAUUGAAGGUUGUAUUGACCUGAGAGGGAGAUAUGAGACUGAAAAGGACAGUGAGAGGCAUAAUGAUCGCAGGGACAUCUACAGUAGAGGUCGUAACGAAGGCCGCCAAGAACGUUAUGAUGACCGCAAACCUUAUAACAAUGACCAGCAGAAUCACUAUAAUGAUCGCAGAAGUCAAUAUGAUGAUCUCAGAGAUCAAUAUGGUGAUGAUCGGAAAAAUCCAUAUGAUGGCCGCAAGGAUUGUUUCAGUGAUCAGCAGGAUCGCUACGGCGAUCAAAGAGAUCGUCAAGAUGAUCGUCAGGAUCGCUUUGACGAUCACAGGGAGCGUUACGAUGAUCGUCAGGAUCAUUCCGACGAUCACAGAGAUCGUUACAAAGAUCGGAAAGAUUGCUCUGAUGAUCACAGAGAUCGUUAUGGUAAUCAAAAAGAACAUUAUAGUGGUCCCAGAGAUAGUUACGAUAACAUCCAUGAUAGUUAUGACAAUGGCAGAGAUAACUACCGCCAGAACCGCUAUGAUGAUGACAGAAGAAGUUUUGAUGACCGCAGACAAGAUUAUGAUGAUCGCCAGGAUCGCUAUGAUAACCACAGAUACCGUUAUCGCGAUCGCCAGGAUGACUAUAAUGACCACAGAGAUCGUUAUGAGCGCCAAGGUCAAUAUACUGAUGGACAUGAUUAUUAGGAUGGUUGUUGCCUUUUUGUCCAUUACAGUGACCAAGGAAAUUUAUGCAGAGGCCUAUAAUGGGUAAUUGUAAAAAUGAUACACAAGAAGCGCAUUUACUUUGGAAGACUGUAGUUAAAUUUGAUUGAUUUAAGGUCUUUUAAUCACUGUACAAUAUUAUGUAUCAAAUGGCAUUAUAAAAGUGGUCUGUAAUUUUAUAUGGAUAAACUUUUAACAUCACUUUAUUUUUUUCUAAUUAUUAGAUGAAAAAAUAUGUAGUUGCCAUAUAUUCAUUCACUGUUGUACCCCACUAUGAAGCACAAUAUACUGUGUAGUCUAUAUCAGUGGCGGUUCUAGGAUUUUUCUGUAACAGGGGCCAUUAAGGGGCCACAUGUUACAUUCAGGGGCCAAGUACAGGGUACAUUCAAGCACACAAAAUAAUUUAUUCAGUACGUUGCAAAUACAUUUCGGCAACAUUCCUUUUUCAAACGCUCGAGUGCCGCCAAUUGUUUGGGGGUGGAAUUGCAUCUGUGAUCGUUGUUAAAAAUUAUCUGGUUGCUCUUCUCGUCAACGAUUGAUGGAACGGGGGCCAAUCAGGGGCCAAUCAGAUUUCAGCAGGGCCCAGGGCCUCUGUGGCCCCGCCUCUAGAACCGCCCCUGAUAUAAUAUUAUAUUAUAUUAUAUUAUAUUAUAUUAUAUUAUAUUAUAUUACUACGGAAAAAUGUCCCAUUUAAACAGUGUGUAUUGUACGUUAUUAUUAUUAUUAGCAACAAUUAUGUUAAAAAAAAUAGUAAGAAUCUGUGCAGCCCUGUCAAUCAAACUGCAAGUGCAAUUAAAAAAGUAUUUUGCAUAAAUUAUUUGAAUGCAUCAACCUAUUGAGAACAGCUCUAAUUAUAUUUUCCUUGUUGGAUGCUCUUAUCUUCGAGAAUAGGUAGUGUCCAUAACGCGAAACAUUUGUUGUUUCGUUUUUAUACCGUCUCCCACAUUCAGCUUGUUAAAUAAAUAAAGUUUACGAUUGUUUAAAGUGUU